AUGCACCGUCCACGUCAUAGGCCUUCCAUACAAUUUGAGCCCUCACCUCAACCGGUUCUUUCUAGAGUUGUUGAAGCCAGUGGUGUUGGUGCUGCUGCUGUUUUUAUUAGUGGGGCCACCAAAGGCAAGCGUCAGGAGGACAAAGUUUGGACAACCAACCUUAAUCAAACUCCACAUCCUUUUCUUGUGUUGAGUUCCCUUCCCAAGAACUAUCUACGCAAGGAACUUAUCUCGCAUACGGCACCAACGAAGAAUUCAACCGGUGUUCGUAUCGAGCGCACAAGAGACAUCGCUUUAUCCAUUUUGUUUGAUGCUAUCGUAGAUGGCUCGGGAGAAGCAAAGACACCGAUUGAGCGUCUUGUCGUGUCGUGCUCUAACCACCCACGCACAGGCUACGUUGGCGUUCUCCGCGUGAAGGACAUAAAAGGCACGUUCACUCGCGCGGUGAUUCCAGGCACGUUAGUGGCACCAUUUGUGAAAUUGACAAUAUUUCCCAGAGAUGUAAUUAGAAUAAAAGUUCUCCGUGUGAGUGCGGUAGAAUUGGCCUUUGCGAAUAGCUGGACAGAGCGUCGCAUUGUUGAGGAACCCAUGACUUCCGCGGCAGACGAGACAGUAGAAGGGGGAGAGGAGGAAGUGGGUAUCGCCAAUACAGUAACCUAUCCACAGAAGGCGGGCGCAGGCGAGAACGCAGGGGAACCCCACUCCGGCAACGUUGCAGCGCCAGCCUUGAUGCGGAGUCCGGUGAAAGUGAAGAAGUCCUCGUUGGUGUGUUCCACAGCUCCCAUUUCUCCCGUUGAGGCCGCGCCGGGGGAUGGUGAAAGUAUUUCGGAUUCCAGUGAAUUACAAACGCAGUUUGAGCACCCAGUAUCGCUGAACGUAGCUCCUGUUGUGCAAGCGGAAAUAAAGCAUGUGAGGGAGAAGGAAGUUCCCCCCCUGAAAAGCGAUAAGGCUCUUGGGGCGUCUGCAGUGGCGUUCAUGGAGCAAAAAGAUCACAAAGCAAUGAAGAGCCCGGUUGGCAGUGAAGCAGACAGCCGUGUAUUACUCUCCUUAUCGAAUAAUGCUCCUUUGGUGCAUGCUUCGCCACCUACACGUCGCGGCAAGAGUCAUGAGGGCGCUCGAGCAGCACCCUCUCUUGUGGAAGGCGAGAAAAGCGACUCUGGCGGGUCGGGUUCGAAUUCUGUUGAAACCGAGCUUGGUAGGAGACAUGUGUCGAAAGCGUUGAUUGCAUGGACCAUUAAACGACGUCUUCUCCAGGACAAAAAUAUCAUGCGUUCCCUAAUAACGGACACAGACGCCCCUUCUGGCGUGGCUCAGCCUGAUUUACUUGGACGCUCGCACGAAGUGCGUGUGGCUGAUAGCGAUACGUCCGGUAGUCAAUGCCGUGAAGUCUCUGCAUCACGCGAGACUGCACAGGCGCGUUGUGCUUGGAAUGCAGUGAAUCACUGGACACGUGAGAACGCAUUGCGAGAAGUAAUGGCAGCAGCAAAAACGUUUUCGGUCGCAGUUGCACGUACAUCCGAGGAAGUCGUUGCCUCCCUUUCACAGUCCUGCGGCCUACAGAUGCUGUUUGUCUUGUCUGGUGAGGCCCACCGUCCGGCAUCUUCCUCAGUUGAUUGCUUUAACCUCAUGACAACAAUUGCGCGCGCCGCAGGCCGAAGCGGACGCAAUACAGAGCUUCUGUUUCGAAUGGAAGAUGGGUUUGCUUGCUUGUUGCAUCCGCGCCGUGAGUUGGAGUUGAAACCGCAAUGGUUACUGGUUUCAGCGCAGGCCCAACCAGCACUGGUAAGCGAUUGGCUGUUGGAAGCUCUGCGUCUUCACGACAGCAGCGAUGGAGGUUCGCAGUCGUUUCGGGGACGACAGUCUGCGGAUUCUGUCGCGGCCUCAAACGCCACGGCAGGGUUGGCUCCUUUGCGCAAACCGGCCGUGCUGCAAUCUGUUGUUGAUUUUUCCUCUCUGUUUGAGCUCCUGUUGCCGGCAUUGAGGGCUUGGCUUACUUUGGGAGACCUCUGCUACUACGGCGACGUUCAUCCCGUUCUUCGCCCCUUCAUCGAUGAGGACGGCGUCAUUCAUCCUACAGGGUGGUUUCAAUGUGUUCUGCGUGGGGCCGUGCGGUCCGUGCUGUUGUCCUUGCCAGGCGCAGGGUGCGAUGACCCGCGUGAGAUGCCGCCCACAGCGCGGCGGCGACUUGCAUGCAUCACGCUGGGUAGACUUGUGCCGUUUUCGGCGGUGUGGCAGCCACACCCUCACGCUGUAAAGGUUGUGCUAUCAAAUGACCACGCGCUUCACCACAUCGAGUUACUGCACGGUGUGUUGCUGGAUCGCCGCGAGUUGGCGGUGGCUGCGGCCCUCUCACCUCAGUCGCAGGGCAAAAUGGAGCCCCUCAGUGACGGCAGCACCCCGAUUGUGUGCACAUCUUCGCGUGGCAGAUGUGCUGCGGCUGCGACUGAGUUUCCAGCAUCCUCGGGCAAUGCCGCGGCAAUGAGUGCCUUGGCGUUUCAGGUUUUGGCCACCGCCCUUCGGCGCUCGUGGAUGGUGGUAGGACUGUCACUUUUGCCAGGGAUAUCGUUUGACGAGGACGCGUUCAUGGAUACCGUGCUUCGCUGGGCGUACGCCUGGCCGCGCACCAUUGUCCUCUUCUACACGGAUCCUCCUUGGAACGAGGAGUCCUCGUCUCCUUUUUCCGCGGCGUUUCUCGAGGCCUUUGCGCCUGUGGCUGGACUGCGGAGCGCAAUAGAGGCUGUUUCUGCCAACCCAUAG